UGUUGGUUACGGCCGCCUCAAGCAAAUAUGUGUUUUGAGGAAGACAAAUUCGAAUAUUUUCUCUAGAUAAUUACUAUUGUGCCUCAAGUACUUUGUGUUACUUCCAAAAUAUUUUUGUUUGCUCUGUUUGUUGUUUAUCGCUUCAGUUGGAUGAGAUGAGAUGAAGGAGGCUUGAGUACUCUUGAGUGACAGGAUUUGGCUGAGAAUUGGGAAAUCUAAAAUGAGGCUGUAGUAUGUGGUGGUUAAUUAAAAAUGUAUGUGAGCAACCGAAAUCUGAGGCGUGGAAGAAACACUCGUCGUAUUGGGGGAGUAAAAGCAGAGGACGCCCUCACAAAAACUCAUCGGAUGAUGAACGCUGCCGCUACGCAAAGAAAUACAAAAGAAGGCGCAAAGCAAAUGGAAGUAGCUCAAAAAGGGGUCUCGAACAAUCAGUGUGCUGGCCUGACUGCAGCAAGCAUUGCCGGAUCUUCCACCAGAGACAGCUAAUUUGCAAUCGGCUGCGCCAUGCGUGCAAUAGGCCUCAGGAAAAUCGGCAAAUAAAGUUCCAUGUACAAAAGAAAUCAGAAUCAUUGUGGAAUGGUGGAAGUAUUUGGUUAAGGGUGAGCCGGAGAUUGGCACAAAAAGUAGAGCCGGAAAACAGCAAGUUGUCUGAUCUCGACCCAGAAACACCGGCGACGGUGGAAAAAGUGAUGCUGAUCAGUGCUUUGAACGGACUUCCAGCUUAUUUAGCAUAUACUCGGACAACAAGAGUUAAGAGGCCGGAACACUCAUUCAAGCUGUUUGGAUGAACACAUCGGUACCCCAAGAACUCCUGGCAUGUAGCGUCAACAAAUGUGCUUAAUAGGGGAAGAAGAGGUCGAUUGGUACAAGGUUCUCAGUGUGAACCCAUCUGAUGCAGAAGAUGUCAUUAGAAAGCAGUACAAGAGGUGGGCACUUGUGUUGCAUCCAGAUAAAAACAGCUCUAAUGGAGCCAAUGGUGCCUUACACUUAAUUUUAGUUGCUUGGGACUUAUUCUCCGACAAGCCGUAAAGGCUUGAGAAUGGGUUGAAACGGGGCACUGUCAAAAUUCUAGGCGAAUAGAAUGUAACUACAUUAUCCGAAGUUUAUGGUGAAUUAUGGCAAUGUUUUAAGCAUUUAUACUAUUAUGUACAUUUCUACAUUGAUAGGAGAUUAUAUC